UUGGGUAAUAUAAAGAUAAUGGUCUCGUGCAAAGUGAAUCAAAUAUUCCUUGGUGAAAUAUCUUCCGUACAAAAUUACGGAGCUUUCGUUAAAAUACCAGGAUGUGCUCAGCAAGGUUUGAUUCAUCGUUCGCAGGUAAGUUCAGUACAUGUUGAUGAUGUGACUGACGUUUUACAAAGAGGUGAGCGUAUUUGGUGUAAAAUUAUAUCAAUUGGCGAGGAUGGAAAAAUUGCACUGUCGAUGAAAUUAGUGAAUCAAGGAAAUGGUAAAGAUUUGGAUCCAGCUGGCGUUCAAUUACAAUUGGACGAGCAAAAAAGAAAAUCAUUAAAUAAGAGAGAGGAUAGAAAAGUCAUAAUACUCGACGCAGUCUUCAAAACGACUUGCUCAAAGUGCAAAACGCCGGGCCACCUUGCCAAAGAUUGCUUCGCUUCGCCAGAUGGUAAAAAGUACGAGCUUCUACCCGAAAUUGAGGAUGAAAAAGCAGCACCCAAUAUAGACAUUAAGGACGAAUGUAAAUCAAAGGAAAAGAAGCACAAGUCAAAAAAGUCUAAGAAAAGAAAAAGGAGUAAAUCGUCUAAACAAGAUGAUUCGGAAAGUGAGAAUAACGAUUACGUCGAUGAAAAAAGUAAAAAGAAAAAAAGAAAGUUAAAGGAGCAAAAGCAUAAAAAAAAAAAACACCAUAGUAGUUCUAAUAAUAGUGAUUCGUCCGAUAAUAGCGUUUCUAAGAAUGAGAGUAAGAAACAUUCAAAGAAAUGUAAGCAUUCAAGAAUUAGGCAUUCUGAUUAAAAGAGAUGAAAAUUAUA